GCAAGAGUGAGUGGGUAUGAGCAGUAGGCACGCAAAGGGCAGCAAUUCUAUUUUGGGGAGCCCAUUUUGGGUGAGCACCAGAAGACAGUGGGUAAAACUUGAGGGGAUGUUAAGACCUCCAAAAAGCUGCUGCAAAAAAGGAUGUGUUUGAAUGGGAUUGUUGAAUGAAAAGGUAAGAUGUUAAAGAGUGAAAGUGUUAAUAGUAUUGGAUUGUGAAGGUAGCAUGGGAGCAGGGAUCUAAACUGGGCAUCCCUGAGUGAAUGUGCAAGAGAAACCAGGCACCUCUCAGGGCACAACAUGGUGGGCAUUGCCUAGAGAAAGGGAGGUUGGAAAUCAGCUAUCCAAAGAAGGUUGGCAAAAGCACAGCGAUUCACAAACUGGGAAAAGGAAUAAAGGAACUCCAAGGUAGGGCACGUCAAGAAGUGCCACCAAGGAAGCAAAAUUAAAACUGGGCAGCAAGCAAGCUAAACAAAGGAUUGAAAAAGUUAUGCGGCACAAGACUACUUGAUUCGAGUAAACUGAUGGAUCAAACCUACUUCACAUAUAACUAAUUUACCCAAUUACUGGUUUAGCAUCACUUUUAGUCAAGUACUGUCCUGCUCUGUUCAGUUGCAAAUUUCAGUAUCAGAGGAUUCCAGGUUUAUCCAAGGCAGGGUGGGCAACUGCAUCUUGCAACCCUCCAGGUGGGGGGGGCUUCUAUUGACUCCACCAGCCUUCUUCCUGUCCCUCUGAUCUUCAGCCCCAUUCCAUGGGGGUGGAUGGCAUGUAUGAGAAGAGCAGAAUGCUGAAUAUACAAAAUAGCACAUGGAGUAGUCGUCAGGAGUGGUACCAAGACAAUUUGGUGACAGGACAACUCAACCCUGAUAGCUGUCAGCAGCUAGAAAGUAGCUUGGAUUCUGAGCACCCUCAAGGUGGUGGCAACCAAGACCUAGAUGACUCCCAAAUCCAUUUGCAGCUGAAGCGCAAAUUGCAAAGAAACAGAACUUCUUUUACACAGGAACAAAUAGAGUCAUUGGAGAAAGAAUUUGAGCGUACUCACUACCCUGAUGUCUUUGCCCGUGAACGCUUGGCAGCAAAAAUUGAUCUUCCCGAAGCCCGGAUCCAGGUCUGGUUCUCCAACCGUCGAGCUAAAUGGCGUCGGGAAGAGAAACUGCGGAACCAGAGGCGCCAAGCAGGUGGCACUGGAGGGCACCUCAUCAUAAACAACACUUUUGGCACUGUAGGCAGUGCUGUCUACCAGUCACUCCCUCAGCCUAUAGGGUCAGGUGCUAUGCUGGGCCAUACAGAAAGUGUCCUCAGCAACAACUAUGGUUCUCUCCCACCUUUAGCUCCCUUCUCCAUGGCCAACAACAGCCUCCCUAUUCAGCAGGCAGUGCCCCCUGUUGCCAGCCAGACAUCGUCUUAUUCCUGCAUGCUCCCUGGCAGCCCGUCAGUGCGAAGUUAUGAUUCAUACACACCCUCCCAGCUCUCCUCUCAUAGUCUGAACUCCAGCAGUGCAACCUCUACUGGGUUGAUCUCUCCAGGAGUGUCAGUUCCUGUACAAGUCCCAGGUGGGGAUUCUGAUCUUGCCCAGUAUUGGCCACGACUGCAAUGAGCACAAAAGUGGUGGAGGAAAAAAAGCAAACAAGCAAAAAGAAAGGAAGGUUAAUGGAGAGAAAAGGGCUUUUCCUCUGCAGGGGGAAAUACAGGAAUGGUGAAAAACUCUCAGGAGGGGAUGGCACACAGGGAGAGCUUCCCUGCCCUUCCCUCUUUGUGUCUUUAAGUUAGGCAACCUCAUCUGUCUUGGUUCUAAGGCAGCGUUUUUCAACCUUGGUAACUUUAAGAGCUGUGGACUUCAAGUCACAGAAUUGCUCAGCCAGCAUGGGGAAUUCUGGGAGUUGAGAUCCACACCUCUUGAAGUUGCCAAGGUCAAAGAACGCUGCUCCAAAGCUCCUCUUGCCUCCUUCAACAUUUGUGUGUGCAUCUACAGCCGCUCUAUGCCCGGUAGGCAUUCUGUCCCAUGAGCCUCCUCUUCUUGUUUGGCUCCAGACAUAUCUGCAAGGUCUGGUCAAAAAAGUCAAGAUGGAGGCCAAGCUUUGAUCACGCUGCUGCAUACUCCAUCUUGCCUUUUUUUAAACCAGACCUUGCAGAUGCCCUGUUUGCCUCCCAGCGAGAACAGUGUGAAUCAGAACAGGAAGGAAAUGGAACAUCUGUGGGGGGAAUCCAGUGUAAAGGAUUUUGGGAGGAGGGGAGAGGGGCAAAGAGAACUAGUGCCCCUUGCAGGAAUAGCUGCAAAUGGCAGGAAAUGAAUAAUGAAUAAAACAAAGUAAGUACAAUAUAAAAGAAAGUUGGAAUCUUGGACAGUAAUGCUUAGCAAAAGCUUGAAAAGGUGGCAGUGGUAUUCAUUCAUUCAUUUAUUUCCUUACUAUUUAUUUAUCUGACUUCUGAUUCCCACCUUUCAAAUGGGAAUCACAGGAUGCAGUGGGAAGCACAAGAAUGUUCAUGGGAGGAAAAAUAUGCACCAAUCCUCUUUUGACCUAUUGCAAAAGUCUGCAGGAAAGUAUGGCAUUCCUACUUUGGGCAAGUUUUGCAAGGGAUUGUGAGGAUGAAAAACUCUCCUGUAGUACUGUGGGAAAAUUAGGUGGUGCAAAGGUUACUAGUUUACUUCAUUGAUGUGUGAUAUUCAGUGUUCUGGGGUUUUUUUGUUUUGUUUUUUUACAAAAUUGCCCUUUAACCUAUUCCCCAUAUCCUAGUUUCUGCUAUCUCCCCAGCCCCACAUAUUUUCUCUCCUGCAUGCAAUUCAUUUAGCUGAAUUUUACACGGACCUCAGAGCUUGGGAUGUCUGCCCUCCUCUAACCACUUACACGAACACACAUACUACAUGUAAGUUCAAACUGUUUCAUGUGUGUUAAUAAAGGACCUGUGUACAUAAUACUCCAUAUUUGUGUGUGUUGUAUGUGCACAUGUAUGCAUGCACAUGUGAACAAUACAGUCACAUCAUCCCAGUUCUAGGCAAUAUGGUCUUGUGCCAGAACUGGGGUAGUGAGGUAGAAUGGGAAAGAUAAGAGGCUAGACAGAGGGAGAGAGGAUGUAUUAUUACAAUGCAAAAAUGUACACAUCUAUUAAAGCUGCAUAAACAAAGGAAAACUCAAUGUCAACUUUUCUGCAAGUUUGAUUUUAGCUUUGGAUGUUGUGGAGGAGAUUUUAGAACUUGUCUAUUAUAAGUUAGUGUUAAAGCUCUUGCUCUCUCAGCUUUUUCCAGUGCCUGGUGUAUCAGUUUAUCAAGAAUGCUUUCUAUUGUAUUACCCUAUCUUUUGUUCAGCAAACAUCUCCCACCUUGGUCUCUCUUGCUUUUAGUAAGGCCUGUGGUUUGGGGUGCUGAUCAACAGGAGAGAGCUGUGUGUCUUUGGGCUCUAAACCACAUGAAGAUUGUUGUUGAUUCAAGACAUCGUAAACUUCUGUGCAUUUCUUGAAGGGCUGAGCAAUUGUAAUCUGCUCCAGAUUUUUUUUAUAACAGAAAACAAGAAUAAAUGAUAACAGAAAACAAGAAUAAAUGAGGCAAGAAAAAAGCUAUGAAAUUAUGCAAAGAUAAUAGGCUUGUAUUCAGGAUGAAGAGGACAGGACUAGGGGAUGAAGGAAGGGAGAAACAGAACUCAAAUAUUUUUCCUGGGUUUAAGUGUUAAGGCUAGUCUAGCUCGCACAAGGAUCUGAUGAGUUCACACCAGAGACUGGAUGCAACAAGAAUAAGAGGAAAAACCCAUUGCUAUCUUGCUAUGGGGUUCUGAAGUGGGGUGCAGGUUUGGCCUCCAGACAUUAUUAAUCAUUAACUCACACUGGCCUCUGGGAGUAGGGAGUCCAAUAUUAGAGGGACAAGUGGAAUAAUUUUCUUCAUCUUUAUAUAUUUCAUUUCCAUAUCUAAUUUUAAAAAUAGAAAGAACCCUAUAGAUCUACGCCUUUGUGAACUACAAACAAUGCAGCAGUCUUUUUGGUAGCAUAUGGGAUGGGAAAGUUAAAAACAUUUGUGAAACGUCUUUCUUGCAUUAGAAAUUAACCUCUCAUCAACAGUGAGGAUCUUUCCACUGGAUAAGGUGUUGGGCUGUUUCCUUCUGAUUCUCAUCUGUAAAAUAGGCAUCUCCAAUGAAAGUCGGGUGAGUGGGAGGGAUGUCGGAAGCAUUAUUCAAAUUAAAAAAAAAUUAUUUAUGGGGAAAGCAUACUAUGUUUUGGUGAGCAUUGUAUUAAUUUUUUUCCUAGGCCAAAUGAUGUUCAAGGCCUUAAGUGACUGGUUAGGUGCCAUACUCUGAAAAUAGUAAGAAUAGGAUAAAAAGUGAAACCGAUGUUAAUAUUGACAUUUAUAUUGAUAACUUUGAAUUAGACUUAAUUUGAUCUGGCAGGGCUUUUUUGUUAUAAGGGUAAAGUGAGGAGAGACCCUCCAUAAAUAAAAUUAAUUCUGAACUCCUAAAGAAAAAUGAGACAUGAAUACCACAACAUACAUACAUACAUACAUACAUACAUACAUACAUACAUACAUACAUAAUUAAAAACUCUCUUUAUCUUUCACAAUUUCAAAUAGAACUUUGGGGAACCUCUAGGGGUCUUGCUCAAGAUUUUUCAAUAUCGUAUGUGUUCCUUAAGAUUAUGCAUCUCUCUUUUAGUCCAAUUGAUAUUUUACAUGUGCACAAGCACACAUCUCUUUGUUUUGCAUUUUUAUUAGAUAUGUCCUGAUUUCUAAUGGAGCUGAACCAGUUUCUCAGCUGUCUUUUUUUCCAAGAACUUGUAUUACAAAUUAUUAACAAAAUUUAAAAACAUGCUUAAAUAAUUGAAAAUGUUUUCUUUAAAUAUAUAUACACUGUUUUAAACUGAUUAAUGCAGCUUUUCUCAAUCUGAUGCCCUCUGUGUAUUGAAUUAUAAACCUCCAUGCUAGUUUCCCCCAACAUGAUGCCCUUCUUUAGCUAACUUUUUGCCAAAGACCUUGUAAAUACUUGUGAACUGGCAGGUUUCUCAAGAAUGCUGCCUUAUCUCCCAAAGUCACAGCAUGUCCUCAAAAUUGUAAAUGAUAUCAUAUCCAAGACAACUGGAGAUGCAUUAAUCAACAAACUUAUAACAAAUUAAUGUUGUUAUGCUUCUAGUAAUUUUCCUCCAAGGUUAUUACAGCAAUUCUGACUGAUGUGAAUUUUGAUCAACAAAUGUAAUAUAUCUAACGGUUUAAUGCCUAGGGCACAAAAGCUAUAGGUGUAGUCUUCAGUAUAGGUAGGAAAAAAUAUUGAAUCUGGAUAUGACCCACUCUGGGUAUGGGUUGAAAGAAGUCGGAAUGUUGCUUGUCCCACUUCAAUAUUCUUCUCUUUCAUUUUGUAAUACAACCAUGUAUUAUGCUUUUAAUAGUUGCAGAAGUACUUUAACAUGCAAAGUUAUCCUAGCAUUGCAGCUCUGUGCUGGUGGGAAAAAUACACUGUAUCAGUUGAAUUAUAUCUGGGCACAUUAUAGACAGAUGGCUGGGGGAAAAAUAUGGUCUUCCUUUUAAAAUGGGCACUAGGAGAAGGUGGUGAUAAUGGCAAUAGCCCAAAUUGUGGAUUUCCAAAUGAUGCCAAUUGAGCCAAUUUUCUGGCCAAGGAAAUGUGGUUCUGUUUACUAAGGUUUUUUUUUUCUCAGCGUUGGCUCUGUUCUUAGUUCCUGUUUAUUCAGAGACCCCACCCUCUCCCAAGAGCUAGUUUGAGAACCACAAACCACCGCGCCCUCCUGAGAUUGGAGCACCUGCAAGGAGGAAGUGGUUGGAGGCAGUUGGCCAAGGGUGUGGGAUGUAUUUUUGAGCAUCUGCCAAGAUAGGCUGGAGGGGGGAGGUGGACAACAGCAGGGAUUGGGUACCAACUCCCACAAUGGUAUCAACUUCAGUUGGAGCUACCGUAAAUAAGGGAUGAGAAUUUGUGACCUUCGCAGUGCAGCUGAACUACAGACCACCACAAUCCCAGGCAGCAUAGCCUAAGUGAAAGAUGUUGACAGAUGGAAUCCAACAAUUUCUGGAAAGACAAAAGGGUUCCAACUUUUGAACCCUAUCCAUCCAUCUAUGCAGUUGAAGAACUUUUGGACAUUUUACAUAAACAAGAGGAAAUGUUGGGGUUGAAGAUAUAAAUUUGCUCUCUUUUCUUAAAAUUUAUGAUGCUUUUGUGUAGAACUUGAAAGAACCCUCCCUCUGUCCCCUGGAAUAAAGCUAAUCCACUCUGUUGAACAUCUCCUCCCAUCGCCUAUAGAAGAGCGAAGGAUUUCCAAACUCUUCUUCUUUCUCUCCCAACCCUUGUACCAGUGUCAGUCGUAACACCUACUGGUACAGAGGAUGGAAGGGGAAGUGGUUCAGGGGUUUUACAUCCGAAUUUAUAUAUUUUCCAGCUUGGAUGAUCUCUCUAAACCUAAGAAAAAGACCGGCGGCGGCAGCUUCCUACCCUUCACCCAGUACUGAAAGCAGAUAGCAUGAAACCAUCCUGGGAAAAAAACUGUUUCUAUUACACUUUUGGCUUUCAACUGCUUGGCAAAAUCUCUCUUGUUUGAAAUACUAUCAACUAGCAAAAUAAACGUUUCUCUGUCUGAA